AACUGAUGGAAGGAGAGUUCUUUAGUCGUCGUAGAUACAGAUGAUCUAGUUAGUUGGAUUCGACAAAAAGUUUAAUCGCUUCAGACGACGGACUCAUAGGCAUUGUGCUGUGAUAAAAAAGUAAUGGCGUGACAGUUUGAAUGAAUUCCGGUAACCACUACCAGCCAGAUCAGUCACGUCGUCGCCCCCAUUAGCGGGGGGGAUGGCAGCACCGGCAAUGAACAACACUGCCCCGACAAUGGCUGCCAACAUGACUGCCCCGGCCAUGGCUGCAAACAUGACUCCUCCGGCCAUGGCUGCUAACAUGACUGCCGACAUGACCAUGGCUGCCGACAUGACAUCUAUGGACAUGUCAGGCAUGUGUGUUGUGGACAACCUGAAUUUUGCCACCGUAUUCAUGAUCCUAAUCAUGUCCAUCGCCAACAGCCGAACCAAAAACGCGGGGAGAGUGGGGAAAAUGCAGGCAAUGAAAACUACUUACGAUUUUGUCAUUGUUGGUGGAGGAUCGGCCGGAUGUGUCUUAGCUAACAGGUUAUCCGAAGUGGCAGCCUGGAAUAUUUUGCUUUUGGAGGCAGGGGAUGAAGAACCUUUUGCAGCAGAUGUACCAUCAUUCGCUCCUUUCCUGCAAGGCAACACUAGUGGCGUGGACUGGAACUAUGUGGGUCAGCCGGAGUCUAAAUCCUGCGGUCGUACAGGCUGCCCGAUUCCACGAGGUCGUGUCCUGGGAGGAUCGAGCGUCAUGAACACCAUGCUGUAUGUCCGAGGCAAUCGUCAAGACUAUGAUCAAUGGGCAGCACUGGGGAACACAGGUUGGGGUUACAAUGAAACGCUUCCGUAUUUCAUUAAAUCAGAGAACAAUCUGGACAAACAAUACGCAGCGGACACCACUUACCACGGCACUGGAGGUUUCCAGAGCGUUCAGGUACUUCCUUACCAAGACAUAAAUGUCAGAGCUCUCAUAGCAGCAUUCAGAGAAAUUGGUUACAGGGAACUUGACAUCAACGGCGCCGAGCAGGAAGGUGUCAUGCGUGCGCAGACAACGACCAAGAACGGUGAGAGGCAGAGUACGAAUUCGGCGUUCCUGACACCAAUCCGACGUGUCAGGCCAAAUCUCCGCAUUGUCACUAAUGCUACAGUGACAAAGAUCUUAAUAGAUGGAUCAAAGAAAGCUACUGGCGUUCAGUACGUUCUCGAAGAAGACCGAAAGACAACAUUAACCGUUAUGGUGAGUAAGGAAGUCAUACUCAGUGCUGGUGCCAUCCAUUCUCCGCAUAUACUCUCGUUGUCUGGGGUAGGACCAAAGGAAUUUCUUGAGCCACUCGGUAUCCCUGUUAUUCAAGAUUUGAGCGUCGGUUACAACCUCCAGGAUCACGUUAGUUCCGGAGGCGUCUAUUAUACACUGACCGAUACAGCUCAACUACCAAACCUCAAUGAUAGGAUAGAUCAUUUGCUUCAAUACAUUCAUGAAGGUACCGGGCCUUUGUCUGCAAUAGGCGUUCUUCAAGCAAUCGCUUUUGGAAGAUCACAGUACGCAAAAGCAAUGGGCGAUUACCCCGAUCUUCAAUUCGCCUUCGACUCAGAAGUUGUUAUUCGCAACCUUACAACAGGACUUACAAGCCCCUUAACAAAAAACGUGACCGUGCCUCCAGGACAGACAUGCGCAGUUGAGCCUAUUACUCUGGAACCUCUCUGUUAUUUCAAUCACAUCAUACCACGCCCGAUAGUUCUGAGGCCGCGAAGCCGUGGUCUUGUGAAGGUGAACUCUACAAAUCCAUUCGUUCCUCCUUUAGUGUACCCAAACUACUUCUCAGAAGCACAAGACAUGCAGAUCCUCAUAGAAGGGCUCCUGAUAAUGGCAAGACUAUCUCAGACCACCGUGCUACGGGAUAUGAGAUAUGUGCUAGAUAUCACUCCUGUACCGGGUUGUGAAGCAGUGCGUUUCGGCACUUUCGCGUACUGGAACUGUGCAAUCGUUCAGUCAACGGUGACACUCAACCACCAUUCUGGAACUUGUAAGAUGGGGCCACCGUUCGAUCGCAGCGCGGUGGUCGAUCCACAGCUCAGGGUUUAUGGUAUCCAAGGUCUGAGAGUCAUUGACGCAUCGAUCAUGCCUUACAUUGUCAGUGGAAAUACUAAUGCUCCGACGAUUAUGAUUGCAGAAAAAGGAGCCGAUAUGAUUAAAGACACCUGGAUUCCUACGAAGAAAACGGUACCAAAAAUGUCUAUGAGUGUAAAUAAGGCGCCUUCCACCCCUGCGAUGUCCAAGAAAGCCUCGGGUUCCAAUAAAACAACCGUUUCGAAGACAACUAUAGUAAGGAAGUCCAAUACCACGGUCACAUCAAGUGCUUCGACAACAAGAAACGUAACAGCACCAUUAACUGCAGCAAAGUUGGUGCAGGAUACAACCUCUCCAUCACCACCAAUGGCUACAACGACGGAAACGAAGACAAGAAGACAGACCACCUCACGAAAGACGAAAAAUAGACGGAAACCGACGCGAAGAACUUCAGGAUAACAACCAGCGCAUGCGUAACAUGAGUGACGACGGCGUCUUAACCACGUUUCAAACAAAAACCAGUGAUGUUCUGCCAAACGCAAAUUAAUGUCGGUAAGGGUACAAAUUCUCAGAAUAUACCAUAUACGUCCUCGAACUCAGGCGUUUCGAAUAGUAAGGGCCAACUCAACAAAACUGUGAAUUAUUUAUUUUUUACUUCUCAUGCUCUUUGAAGCGUGUUAAAGAAUAUGCACCAAGUCCACAAAUAUUGAGCUCGCUUCUAAUAUGCUUGCAAUUGCUGCAGAAUGAAGAGGGACAGAAGGAACACAUGUGAGCGCUGAACAAAUAUGAAUGGACAUAUGAACGUGCAGAAAGGUCACCAUGAUAGGUAGGAAGGUAUAUUCACAAUCAUGGGAACACAUCCGAACUGUAUUAAGGGAAGUUUGAAGGGGAGAUAUAUGAUUUAUAUCUCAGAAACUUUAUGGGGAUUUUUCUCGAAACUUGAACGUUCGCUCCUACUGUUCGGAACUCCUUAAUCAUAAAUGUAACUUUGACGCGAACUUCAUGGGUUUGGGAUUCAUUUCUCUUUCUGUGUGGUUCAUGGUUCUCCUAUACAAAACCUAUUUUCUCUUAACGCCCAGUUGUCAUUAAACCGAAUUUCUGUGAAGCAAGGUGUCAAGAAUACAACAUAUAAUUAGUGGGAAAUUAAUUCAAACCCAACAUCUUUCACGUAAGGGCUUAAAAUAGCAAUUUUUACAGGACAGGAGGAUAUUAUAAUUCCAAUCUACUUGCAGGAUCUUAAAAAGUACAGCCUACCAAGCUAAACUCUAUCCUCUGAUGCUGUCACUUGACAGCUUUGCACAACUUAUCUCCCGAAGUAAAUAUCUGGAAUUCUAAAGCCGCAAGAAGAGCGGAAACUUAAACAACGGCCUCUGCUCUCAACGGCCUGAAAAAAAUGCGAAUCGAACCACAUAGAAACAUAAAAACUAAGAAUUAAGAAAUAACAGCAGCAUCUACAUGAUGAUCUUCUGGGUUGUGACACCGUGUAGUCUUGUGGCUGGAUGUUAACGUUUUGGAAUAACCUGCUGGUUUCAUAUUUAGCUUUACGCAUUAAAGUGAAGGCAGUUGGUUUCACCAAACAUCUGUAUCCAUAAGAUCUAAAGCUUGUGGCGAUGGUACAUUAAUACUAAUAUUAUGUCUCUGGACAGUAUCCGUCGUCCGGUUUUUUUGUCUAAAACGCCGUCCAAGCCUUAUUUCAAAAGACAAUGUUUCGGAGACUGCAUUCUGUCUCCGUCUUGAGGUAAAACCUACUCGGUUGGGUCCAAUCGACUGAGAUAGCCCAUAUCCCCGGAUACCUGUACCAACAGGGUAUACAAGCCAAGCACAGCACAAAACAUCUGCGAGAGCUAAGACAAAAUACUGACAUAUUAAAAACUCCACACGUAUAAGACAUUGCACAGUUUUUAAUAUUAUGUUUCGUCUUAGGGGCACGCGGUAGCGUAGUUGGUUGAGGCACUAUGCUACA